AGGAAAGGUCAUUGGAACAAGAGUAACGAAUCUCACCACCACCAUCAAAUUGGCACAUACGCAGAGAAGGGAAGCAAAACUUGAUCGCAAUAUGUGUUUAUUGCACAUGCGUUGGUGUCUUUUAGAUAGGUGUGCGUGUAACCGGAACAACAUCGUGGAAUGCUUUCCAGAACCUAUUUUUGUACCGGCCGGCAUUUUCGCAAUAGCACUAUGAGCAACGUUUUACUUUUCAACAAUCAAUCCCCCAGCCUACUUUGGUGGAGUGUGGAUGUCUUCAAAGCUACGAGGGGUGCGUUGCAUAAAUUGGCGGUGAUUAUUGCACGUGUAAGUUGCGAUGGCGGGUAUGAAAGUGUUAGUGCAGCCGAACGAUGAUGCUGGAGAAUGCGCCGUAAGAUGGAAAAGUGUUUGGAAUAACAGUUCGGAAUCACAAUAGUGUAACAGAAUGCGUUGCUGAUAAUGACCGAAAGAGUGGUCAAAUUUGGUUCUGUGGGGCAAACUGAAGUAAAAUUUAAGAAGACGCUUGUUUCGCACUCCUGCAGAAGCAUGAUCAUGGCGUAGCUUAUAAUUUUGUUGAUAAACUAUACUCGGCGGAAUCCAUUUGAUUAGAACACCCAUCUUCGGAUAAGGUGAGGUCAACUCAAUCCAACACUUCGCAAGCCUACGUCGUGUGUCCAGCCACUCUGAUAGAAGUAGUUUGUUCGAAACCAUUGCAAAGAAAUGGCGAAACUACAAGCAGUGUUCCUGCUUGUCCUGUUAACGGCACUGAAGCUAUCGACCCAGGAAAGUGACAUCACGUUCGGGGUUUUCCGGCAGAAGGAGUACUACUUCAGCAAUUCCUUCAAGCUCAAUUGGUUCAAGGCGGUAGAGUAUUGUCCAUCGCGUGGAAUGUUCCUGUUGUCGAUAAGGAACGCUGAGGAGCGGGAAUCUGUCAUCGAGUAUCUGACUAGUACGGGCUACACCAAAACGCACAGCAGCUUUAUCUUUUGGACAUCUGGAAACGACCUAGGUGAGGAGGGUGAAUUUCAUUGGGCAUCGACCGGAGAGCGGUUUAACUACAUGAAUUGGAGACAAGGGGAACCGAGCGGCAUGAGCGGCGGUGAGGAUUCCACAGAGGAGGACUGUUGCCACAUAGAGUACUGGUCGGGGCAUGGAGCAAACUAUAACUACACAUUCAAUGAUCGAUCAUGUGAUCAAAAAUUAUUGUUCCUGUGUGAAACACUUCCGGCAUGAUGCAGCAAUGUAAUAUAUACAUUGAGGUUCAUUUUUCGGUAAUCCAUGAAGUUGAAGAAGAUUAUGACGAGAUGACUAAUA